AUGACGUCCAAGGAUGCAAUCAAGGAACUUCGCACCUUUAAAAUCAAUCUCACCCCAGAUAAAGGCAAGGGAGGGUUGUUUCGCACGAAAAAUCCGCCCGAGCAACCAUAUCAGCGGGAGACCGUUCACAACAACCAACAGGGAAUCCAUGUCAAAUGCUCGCUCCUCGACGUUGUUCACGGAAGGUGGUCCCCUACAAGCACAGAAUCAGAUGCCACUUUAAUUGUAUUCGGCUUUUGCUUUGACACUACUGGAGCUCCUGCCAGGGCGAGGAUUGCGGCUGCCACUAUCACCGUCACGUUUGCGGGCAAAUCCGCCAACAAUAAUCAUCCCGGCGUGGCCGAUCUCUCGCUGAAUGGGACCUACAGUUUGGUUAAAAAAGAAGAUACCAAAACAAUUGCCAGGGGGUAUGAUGUAAAGAUCGGUACUAACGUUGCGAACGCCGGCCAGGUCGCCUUGGCCAAGAACUACAGUAAAGUGGUCACUUGUCAGGUCUCGGAUGCGACUCACGUGAGCGGCACGUCGUGUAUGAUUGGAGUCGAUUGGGAUCCUGAGAAUGCCGUCGAAUAA